UUGAGACCGUAGAAGAAGAGGAACUACGUCACCGGCUGACUCAGAUCUCAGAAGACGAAAUGGCUGCAAGGUUACUCCUCCGAACCGGCUUCAGAGCCGCGGCCAGCUGCAGGGUGGCCCGGGCUCCGGCUCUGUCCCGCGGCAUGGCUGCUGGAGGGAUUCCCACGGAUGAGGAGCAGGCCACCGGAAUGGAGAAGAUCAUCAUGAAGGCCAUGAAAGACGGAACAGAUCCCUACAACAUGAUGAAGCCUAAGGCCUACGCUGGCUCCAAGGUGGACCCUCACCUAGUUCCCUCCAUCACCAACAAGAGGGUAGUGGGAUGUGUCUGUGAGGAAGACAACACCGCUGUGGUCUGGUUCUGGCUUCAUGAGGGCGAGCCCCAGCGCUGUCCAUCCUGCGGCGCCCACUACAAACUGGUGGCCCACGAGCUCCCCCACUAACCUAAAUCCCAGUUUGGCUUCCCUGGGACCAUCUUCCAUCUCCAGAUCGACGGGAGCACCAGAUAUCUUCAUGUCUGUUUCCUGGUCUGGUGUUCCGUCGCUGGUUUCCUGCUGACCUCAUCAUUUUACAUUUCCUUCAUAUAUUGCGUGUUAGGGACCUUCACCUCAGUUUACAUGACACUUGUACUGUACAUGUUACACUCGGACCACUUACCUUCUCUUAAAACCAAUAAAUUGCUUAAAUCUUA